AUGACUUCUGCCGAUAACAAGUAUCCGACCAACAAUCUGGAGACAAACCACCUACUCCGCGAGAUUGCACUUCGUCCAUCGAUCUGGGACAGUCGCAUCAAAUUCUCGCUGCGUCGGCCGCAAAUCCCUAUCGACUGGCUGGAUGUCUCCAAUGCGGUAGGACUUGGCGUUGACGAGUGCAAGCGGCGUUGGAAGAGUCUGCGUAACAACUACCGCACUAAGAUCCACCAAGGCAACGCCUGGAGCUGGCCGCACUCCAAACAAAUGGAGUUCGUUCGCGAUGUCUUCCCGCCACACAAGCCCAAGACUCCUGCGCGUUGCCGUGUUCAGGUGAAGAAAAGCAAGCUAAUUCUACAUCCGCAACAAUAUCUGCAAUCGGUGGCGAGCUAUUCGGCAUUCAAAAAGGGUGGCAUCGAAUUCGAGGCGGAGGAGAGACUCUUUCUGGUUACGGACGAGCCGGCAUUCGAUCUGGAUGUGGACGAGGAGGUGACCAGGCUAUUGGGCACCGAUCAAUGGUUGUGGCAAACCAAUCUGGACUUCAUACUACUGCCCAUUUUUCGAGCGCCACCGCCAUCAGCCAUGGCCAAAAUAUCCAACGAAUCGAACCGCCAUUUCCUGCUCAGCAUGGUGCCCAUGCUCCGAUCUUUGAGCGAUCGCAGCAAGGAACGUUUCCGCAGUUGGACACGGCGAGUGCUAAGGGAGAUGCUCAUCGCGGAGAAGAAGCUGCUGACGUGA